AUGCACCGUGCUGUUCGUCGUUUGUUUCGUCGCACCAUCACGCCUACUACUAGCAUUGCAAGGCAAUACAUCAGACUUGAAGUCAGAAGCGCAAAAAACCUUCAAGUCCCUUCUGAGCGCAUACCCGCAGGCAUUUACGUGUCCAUCAAUGUCAACUCAAGGAAGCGCUGGAAAUCAACCGCAUCACCUUCAUUAUCAGUGGAGAUCAGAGCGUCCUUUGAGCUCGAUCGAAUGCUGGGCAAUGGUGAAAUCGUAGGAAAACUUCAAACAUCGUGGGAUGAGUUACUCGAUCAUGGAGAUGAACCAUUCGAACUGUCCUUCCCACCCAUCCGCGGUGUCACUCCCUCACUCAUGCUGAAGGCCGCUGUUGUAGAUGCUUGUGAUAAUCAGGAAAGUGCUCUAUUUGACCCCCUCGUAGAUUGCGAGAUUGCUCGAGAAACAGAUGCGGGCCACGCACGAUAUACCGAAUACAUGACCAGGAAGACAGUCUCUCGCCUGAACGAUGCUUUACAGCAUUUUCGGUCGGUUCUGCACCGCUGUCCGGUCGACCAUCCUGACCACGCAGCAGCUCUCACCAACCUCGCGCGGGCCCGCCUUCAAGGCUACAUUCAAAACGAUCUUCAAGACAUUGAUACCACCACUUCCCUCUUCCGCGAAGCCCUUGCAUUGCGUCCGCAGGGCCAUCCCAACCACACAUUAUCUCUCUUUCAACUCAUUUUCGCAUUAACCUGGCGCCACAACAAGGAGCGCACCGCCGUCUUCAUUCAUGAAUCCCUGCAGCUGUGCUGCAAGCUACUGCCCCUCUGUCCAGAGGGGAUCUACCUUCGUAGCAUCGGCGUAGACAGUGAGGUCGAUUAUGUGAUUGCCGAAUGCAACAAACUUCCGAUCGAUGCAUCUGACGAAGGGAUCCACCUUCGACGAGUCGUGGUCGAGCUCUGCCCUCUGGGCCACAAAUACCGUCCCAGGGCCCUCGACAUCCUUGCACAGGCAGUUGAGGCACGCUUUAACCAGCAUGGCAGCAUUGAUGAUCUAGAAGAGUGCAUACAACUUGGUCGUGAAGCCGUUUCUCUGUGCCCCGAGGGGCAUUCUGACCGCAAAUCUCAUGACCUUGACGAGGCCAUCUCCAUGCACGAAGAAGCGCUGCGUCUGCGGCCUGUUGGGCACAACAAACGUGAUUUCUCAUUGGACAACCUAGGGCAAGUCCUCCGCACCCGUUUCAACAAACACGGUGACGUUGAUAACAUCAACCGAGCUGUCAGCCUCCAUCGCGAGGCACUGACGUUGCUCCCACCUGGGCAUCCACGUCGUGACACCACGCUUCACAACCUUGCCCUCACGCUCAAAGAGAGAGAUGACAAACUGCAUGUCAUCCAGGAUCUUAAUGAGGCCAUUGAUCUGUAUCGCGAAUCUCUUCGGUCAAAGCAGCUUGAUGAUCCACAGCGCCAUAGACAUCUUUACAAUUUGAGCUCGGCGCUGUGUUCUCGUUUCACGCAAACUCAGAAUGAUGAAGAUAUUGAGGAGGCUAUUCGACUCUGCCAAGAAUCAUUGGAGGCAUUGCCUUCACUGCACCCAGAUAGAUGCUCCAGUCAUGCAUGGCUGCAACAGGCUUAUCUAUCUCGUUAUAGCAUACAACACAAACCCACUGAUUUGUCAUCUGCAAUGGAGCACUCCAGACUUGCAUCAAUGCACCCUACCCAAGGCUUUCCAAAUCGCAUUCUAUCAGCGUGGCGCUGGAUUAUUGAUGCUGAGGCUUCUGGUCAUGAAUCUGCGCUCGAGGCAUAUGCGGUGUUUUUCGAGCUUCUUGACGCACAUAUCUCAACACGAUCAUCCACCACUUCGCGGCGUGAAGCUGUCGCCGCCUUCCAAGAUGCCAGAUCACUGCCUGUGGAUGCAGCAUCAUGUGCCAUCCGCAGUGACAAUCUCCGAUGCGCAGUCGAACUUGCGGAGCAGGGACGUGGCCAACAGUGGUCAUUGGCCUCUCGCCUGAGGAGUCCACUCGAAGGCCUCCAGUCCACGAAUCCCAACCUAGCUCACAAGUUCUCGGAGCUCAGCAAACAUCUUUCUGACGCCCAGGGUUCCGCGGGUAGCACAGACCGAGCCGCUGCGGAUCGAGCAGCAACGGAGUAUCGGAGACUUACAAGGCAAUGGGAAGUUGCAGUAGCUGAAAUACGUAAUAUUCAAGCUUUCUCGCGGUUCCUACUUCCACCUUUGUACGAAGACUUGCAAGUAGCGGCACGCAAUGGCCCAGUAAUCAUCCUCAUUGCCAGCCAAUACUCAUGCAGCGCCAUUGUUGUCCCGACGUCAGGGGAGGCCUACCAUGUUCACCUCCUGCGCAUGACUCUACCACAUCUAGAGAAGCUCAAAGACGAUUUUGCUACGGCAAUCCUGCAUACAGUUCGUAUGCGCCCAGAGCAGCCAAGGAAGAAGUUGCAAGUGCUCUUGCGGGUAGUGUGGGACGAGAUCAUGCUACCCAUCAUUAAUGUCCUCCAGCAUGACCUGAAAUUGCGGCAUCGCUCUCGAAUAUGGCUGUGUCCGACGGCAGCCUUCAUGUCCAUCCCUCUCCAUGCAGCUAACCCCUUCCGAAUGAAUGCAGAUCGCUCUGGGAGCGAGUCAUGCCUGGAGGAUCUCUACGUCUGCUCUUAUACACCCACACUUUCAGCUCUUAUUAGAGCUCGGCAGGCGAUGAAGACGCGUGCGACUCCGUCCUUCGCGGCGAUCGGACAAAGUCAACCAGGCGCAGGGCAAGGUGACGUGCUCCCGGCUGUUGACAGUGAGCUUGAGCUUGUCCAUACACUCGUUCCUCCCAACAUCAAGUUCACUAACAUUUCGAAAGACGAAGCCACACAAGCAGGUGCGCUCAACGCUUUGCAGCGCAACACCUGGGUGCACCUCGCUUGUCACGGCAAGCAAGAUCUUGAGCAGCCUUAUAACUCAUAUUUCGCCAUGAGAGACAAACCUGUUACGCUGCUCGACAUCAUGGAGAACAAUUCCCCACAAGCUGAAUUUGCAUUCUUGUCAGCAUGUCAUACCGCCGUCGGCGAUAAGGACACACCCGACGAAGCUAUCCACCUCGCAGCUGGACUCCAGUUUUCGGGGUUCAAGAGCGUCGUUGGCACGCUGUGGGGGGUCAGUGACGCUCUCGUAAAACAUGUCGUGGAAGCUUUUUACGAGAAGAUGUUUGAAGACCUGGAGGAUGGUGUCAUAGACUGUACGAAGGCGGCCUGGGCACUCAACCGUGCUACACACACCGUGAUGACAAAAGUGCCGCUCGAGCAGAGGAUGGUUUUCAUUCAUAUCGGUGUGUAGUUCUACGUACGUCGUAUUGCUGCGUCUCGUACAUAUUCACAAGUUGAUUAUCUGUGAUCCACUUUUAUCCUGUUUUUUGUAGACAUGUCCCUGAUACUCUUGCAUUCUUGAUAUCUCGCUUUUAUAUCCUCUCUCGUGUUAUUUUCCCCUAGAAUAUUUACCUGAGGUUUUGUGUACCCUGGUCGUUCGCAGCUUCGUCUUCUACUUGAGUACAUCGUACGAGCCGACUCAGGCCUACUCACGCUUUCUAGUCACCUUCUGCACCAUGGAACGAGUACCUUCAACUAACAUGCGCACCCAUCGUCAAUAGCUUCAUCAAUCCUGGGGCCUUUUCUUGAUGUGGCCCAUCUGUGCAUGGCUAAUAUCUGAAGCUUGAGACCGAGGAUGAGAAAAGUCGUGGAUUUGAGCCGCCUAGGACCUGGGUUGAUUUACCAGAGACAAGGUAGCCGUA